AUGGCGUCCCGGUUGGCGAGCUGGUGGCGACAUUCACUAAAGCGAAGACCGGUGGUGACCAAUACACUGGUAUAUGCUACAUUCUACACUGCAGCGGAAUUAUCACAGCAGACCUUCAAUAAAUUAAAUUUGCCGGAAAAACCGGAGCUAGACUUGGCAUCUGCCGGCCGUAUAGUCACUGUUGGCAGUUGUUUAUAUGCUCCUACUUUGUAUUAUUGGUACAAGUUUCUUGAUAAGAAGUUUGUGGGAACAGCUGUUAAAUCAGUGGCAGCUAAGGUCGCCGCUGAUCAGUUCAUUAUGAGCCCUGUAUUACUGGCAGGAUUUUAUAUAUUAUUAGGAGCCCUCGAGCGUAAACAAGGCGUGUUUGAAGAAUUAAAAGAUAAGUACUGGAAAACUUUCAUGGCAAACCAAGCGUUUUGGAUUCCAGGACAAACCAUAAACUUUUUUUUCGUUCCUUCCAAUUUACGAGUUGUAUAUGUUGCGUCUUUGUCUUUUAUAUGGAUAAACAUACUUUGCUUUAUUAAAAGACAGAAAGUUGAAAAAAAUAUAGACGCC